AAGUGCCAAAACACGCGGGUUAAUGGUUUUACGAGGGCAAGUUUGUUUUCCAACAUCAGAUGAAGGAAUGGCUUCGGACCAACCUGUUAAGAAAAAACAGAGGAUAGAUGGUCCCGACAUCGAUGAUGGUAGUGACAGAUCUGGGGAGGAUAUUCUCACGGAUAUAUUCGACUCUGAGACUCCGCCCGUUGACACUUCAGGAGAAUACACGUCGAGGAACGGUGAAUCUCCAGAUAGUGGUACAGUAAGUGAAGAUGCAGUCGAUUGCUCGUCCAUUUUAAGGCUUCCCAGUGAAGUCACCAGCAGCACAGUACCUUCCAGCUCAAAUAACAUAGCACUCUGGACCACUGCUGAUGAUAAACUUCUUAAUGAGCUACGGAUAAUUCAGAAUGCUUUAGUUAGACAGUGCUUGUGCGUGUUCAAUGAGGAUACCCUCUCUCAACUAUUUGAUAGAAGGUUGCAUAUAGCAUCUUGGCCAAUGACAUGUUCCUUAACUUAUCUUUCAACAAUGCAGCUCAUGUUUGACAUUUAUUUAAAGCAAAAUCACUCGGGUACUAUAUGCUCGAGAUUAAUGUAUGCGUGUGACGUGUUUGUCAGGAAUAGACAUGAUUGGAUCACAGAGGUUAUAGAGUUAUCUGAACACAAGAGUAAGUUUGUUACAUUUGUAGCUUGUAGAGUAUUGGCUAGUUUCUUAAUAGUUUCAAAAGAUACCAUUGAUGAAAAUUGGUUGCAACAAAUUACUGAAAAUGUAUAUCUCUUCGAUAGAAUAAACAGAAUAACAGUACAAAAAAUUAACUUCAGUAUGGAUGUAAUUAAAAGAAUAGUCGAGUGGAAGGAUGUCGAGCAACAUCCUCUUGAAGACAAUAGUUAUGCAAAUACAGCAGGAAAUGUACAAGUUCAUGAUGAAAACCCUUUCAGAACUAACCCAAGCAGUAGUAACAGUUCACAAACUCCUUCUAGUUCUAAUUCUCGUAGUGAUAAUUUACAUAGUGCCUUUUCUAAUUUACAAACGCAUAGUUCAACUUCACCAUCAACAUCAGGGGAAAAGUCAGAUAACAGUAAAGCACCUCAGUUUAAACUAAGCGAGCCAGUUUUAAAGUUUCCCCUUGAUCAAUCCAUUAAUGUGAUGGAGCAGGCUGAGCCUCCUGAACGACCCCCAUCAAGGAUAGAAAGGGUAAAUGAACACGGAUGUAUAACUGUAGUGUUAACUGACUCUGAAUCCUUUGAUACGUCUCAUAUAAAGUGCUUAACGAUAAAAACUUUAGAGCAUCACUGGCCAGUCCUUGUUAAGAAUAUGAAGCUGCUUCUACUAAGGUACCUGAAUUUAUCUAAUGCUGAAAAUUGUAUAUUAACAUUUUUUUCUCUGUGGGAAAACAUAAUUAGUGUGAAGGCGAAUCUCUCAGUUAUCGAUACCAAACCGUUUUAUGCAGACUUGCAGGGCUUUGUUGAUUUAUUACGUAAUACAAUGUUGCCCAGCUUAAUUUAUAGCCAUAUACUUAGUUUAUUUAAUGAAGUGCUUUGCUAUGGAUCAACUCUAGCACUUCAAGACAUGUUGCCAGAGGAGAUAUGUUCUCUUGCUCAUUCAAUUGUAAGAUACGUUAAGGAUUUCAGGCUACUCAGCGAAGUCAGAGUACAGAGUAGUAGAAGCAACUUUGGUUUUCUAGGUCCCGAUUGUUCUAUAUUGAGAGACUACACUCUAGGACCAGACGUAGGUCCAUUAUCAUCCUCAAUACAAUUAGUAGACCAGAGUUAUGGAGAGGAUGAGAAUGAUGACAGCUCCCAAAUGCAUAAUGAAGUUGAUAAAACAAUGUUACAAAGAAUGUCUUUAUUAGUUCUUAAAUCUGUAGCUGUAACUGUGAAGGAAAUGCGUUGCGAUUCUUCAGAUAGUUCAAUAGAUUCCUCAGAUUAUAAUGCAAUUCAAGAUAUGCAAAUUGUUGAAAGAUCUAUCCGUGAUGUCUUAAAGAAAUUGGAUGUGUUUAUAAGGAAUCGUUUCGAAUUCCACCCCGAGACUCCGUUUACAAAAAUGUUGAUCCAUUUGUUUAGUGAGCAGGAUGAUUAUUUGAUAGAAUCUAUGGUAUGUACUUUAGACAUAACGGUCGGUAUUGUUUAUAGGAAUUCAGUUUAUCCGGAUUUGAUACCUAUGUUGAAUCCAAUUAAUUCAUUUAUAGAAUUCCUCAAAGUUGUUUCCCAUGAUAGCGACGUUCUAUUAGAUUAUUUAGUGAGUAAUGAAACGUGUUUCCUUCUCUAUCUGCUCAGGUUUUUGAAGUAUGUGAGACGUAAUUGGCCUAAAUUCCUCGAGACCUGCCAACAGGCCGAUUCUGGGGGCGUGAGGGGUUUAGAUGACACAAUGAGAGUAUUAAUAAGGUUGCGUCUGCAAAUAAGUAGGCUAGUGUCCAAGUCCUUAUUCCCGUAUAACAUAAGCCCCGUUCUCAGACUGUUAGAGGUAUGCGAGAGCUUGUAUGAGGGCAAUGAGUUUAGCUGAAUUAAUAAUAAGCUGUCAGAUUUCAUCAAUGGUACAAAAACUUUCUUCUUUCCUAAUUUGUUAAUUUGUAUAUAUAUACAUAAGACAAUAAUAUUUUAUUUUAAUA